AUGUUGGUGUCAGUAUCAUACCAUAUAAUCUAUCUAUCUAUCUAUCUAUCUAUCUAUCUAUCUAUCUAUCUAUCUAUCUAUCUAUCACAGUCCCAUUUCUUUCUUUUUUCUGUUCAUAUUUAUAUAUCUGAUUCAUCAGUUCAUAUCUAUCUAUCUAUCUAUCUAUCUAUCUAUCUAUGCGAGUCCCUUUUUUCUAUCUAUCUAUCUAUCUAUCUAUCUAUCUAUCCCUUUUUCUAUCUAUCUAUCUAUCUAUCUAUGCGAGUCCCUUUUUUCUAUCUAUCUAUCUAUCUAUGCGAGUCCCUUUUUUCUAUCUAUCUAUCUAUCUAUCUAUCUAUCUAUCUAUCUAUCUAUCUAUCCGAGUCCCUUCUAUCUAUCUAUCUAUCUAUCUAUCUAUCUAUCUAUCUAUCUCUCUCUCUCACAAUCACCUUGCUUUCUUUUAUCUAUCUAUCUAUCUCUCUCUCUCUCUCUCACAAUCACCUUGCUUUCUUUUAUCUAUCUAUCUAUCUAUCUAUCUAUCUAUCUAUCUAUCUAUCUAUCUAUCUAUCUAUCACAGUCACCUUUCUUUCUUCUUUCUUUUUCUUUAUCUAUCUAUCUGUUUAUAUCAAUCUAUAUCUCUAUCUAUCUGAGUCCCUUCUUUUUUACUUUCUUUCUUUCUUUCUUUCUAUCACAGUUUGA